AUGGCCGUUGUAGUGGGAACGCAGUGCAGCACAGCCGAUGCCACUUUGGCCCGCGGCCCACCAACCCGACGCCGCCGCUGCCCACCUAGCCUACCGAAGCGGUACGCAGCACCCGCGCCCGAUCCGCAGCGCUGCUCUCUGCCACUGACCACCUGGCCCCGCCUGUCAUCUCUCUCGUCUAGCCGUGUUCUUCCUGGACACAGCGCCGAUCCGAUCCCUUCUGGAUUCGAGCCGAAUCUUCGCCCUUCUGCACGAUCUUCUCCGUAUAUAUACUCACCACUUUCCCCUCGCCCGAUUUUUUUUGGCAAAUUUGAGCUCUCCCGUGCCCUAGAACUCGCUGCUGGAUCUCGCCGGAGUUCGCCGCCGUCUGAUGCUUUUCGCAGGUCGUAUCCGUCGCGCCAGGAACCACCCAGCCGAGUGCUUCGACCUCGCCCCGACGAACACCGCUGCCGCGACUCCAGCCACCAUCUUCCAUCGUCCCCGCUUGCCACCGACGCCGUUGUGGACGUCUUCGAGACUGCAGAAAAGCUACGCGUCUCGUACUCCACCAUACGGAGUUCGGAGACCACCGGAGCAGGCGCCACCAUCGCCGCCCGAGGUGCCGGCGCCGUCUUCUUCAAGUCCGGCGACAAUCCCUCCUCUGUCCUCCGGAUAUUCAGGUGAUCAGUGAGAUACAGUAGGGUCGCGAGUCUUCACUCAACAUGUUCUCCAGUGGGCAUUAAUGGACUCAUCGUUUAUUAUGCUACCUUUCCGCUGGUAUUAUUGAAUAAAGCUAGCUAUGUGCUAUUCACUUUGUAAUACAUUAUAAUUUCUGGAUCAUACGUUUUAGUAAAUGAUGCACUUGUUACUUUGA